AUGUGCCGAUUUAUGAUUUAUAAAGGUAAAGAACCAAUGAUUCUUUCAGAUUUGCUUACUAAACCUGCUCAUUCAAUAAUUAACCAAUCUUUUGAUUCUAGGUUACGUUUAGAUUUAAGAAAUCCAAUAAAUGGAGAUGGUUUUGGAGUCGGUUAUUAUACAAAUCAUACACCUUGUUGUUUUAAAGCAAUUACUCCAGCUUGGAAUAAUGUUAAUUUAGAAAAUUUAUCAAAAUCAACAGAAAGUAAUUUAGUAUUUGGUCAUGUUAGAGCUUCAACUCAAGGUGUUUUAUCAGAAACAAACUGUCAUCCUUUUCUGUAUGAAAAUAUAAUGUUUAUGCAUAAUGGAGGUAUUUCAAAAUUUGAAUUAAUAAAGAAAAAAUUGAUUAAUUAUAUUGAUGAUAAAUUUUUUUUACUUAUUCAAGGUUCAACAGAUUCGGAAUGUGCAUUUGUUUUAUUUUUACAUAUUUUGAAUAAAUUAGGUUAUAGUGAAGGGUUAAUACCGCAUAAUAUUUUCAAAAAAGCUUUAUUAGAAACUAUUGGAUUAAUUAGAGAAUGGCAAUGUGAAGUUACCGAUGAACCAAGUUUAUUAAAUUUUGCUGCUACUGAUGGUAGAUCAGUUGUAAUUUCAAGAUACAUUACAUCUUCAACUGAUGAAGCUGCUAGUUUACAUUUUUCAACUGGUUCUAAAUUUUAUGAAUAUUCAUCUGGAUUAUUUAGAAUGGAAAGAUUAAAUAGAAAUCAAAAUGUUAUAUUAGUUUCUUCAGAACCUUUAACAUUUGAAAGAGGUGAUUGGUUAUGUGUUCCAACUAAUACAAUUAUAACAAUAACAAAUAAAAAUACAAUAUUAAUGCAUCCUAUUGAAGAUCAAUUUUAUAAUAAUAAUGAGAGAUCAUCUGGAUUAGCAAUGAGUAAAGGAUUAAUGAAUGUUUAUUGA